AUGACUUCAGAAGAUGAUACUUGGUCUCAAAGUUUGGUUACCAUAACUCCAGAAGAUGAUGCAAUGUUAAGAGAAAUUUCGGAUACUGCAACCGUGUCGGCAUCACCGGACGUAAACUUAGUUCUCGAUCCUGACGAUAUUGUGUAUAGACGAUCGUUGACAAAUAGACAGUUUGUAGAUUCUACAGAAGCAGAUGAGGAGAGACCGGAACAUUCAAGUGAUGAAACAGAUCAGAAACCCAAAGAAGAUGCAAACACUCAGACGUAUUUACAAGGAAUACCAACGGUACAUAUUUCUGUCGAAUAUCGGGACGAAGCCUCGCAAACGAUGUACAUGAGCACACCAUGCCCGCCUUUAAAGUAUUUUAAGGAUAUCAUGACAUCUAUGAAGGAAAGCCCCAUACCCGAAUUGAAGAGGAGCAAUGUAGCUAUGACUGUCAUCAGUAUAGAUCCUAAAACACCACAGGACAUCGCAGUAGAUCAACUGUCCAAAGACUUCACGGAACAGGAAUUAGAGGAUUUUGAAUCGAAACUCAGCUCGAAAGAAGAAAUAGAAACGGAAAUCGCUGAAAUUUUACGUUUCGUAAUAGCACGUGCAUUUUGGAUAGAUGAUCCGACAAGUCAAACGCCAGCUGAAACAGCCGAUGAAGCGACACAAACUUAUAUCAGAUUUAAUAAUCGUAUGAAUAUCUUCGUCAUAAAUAAUGAAGUUCAAACUGAUUUGAGUUGCGAACCAAAACAAUCCAACACAAUGCUCCUAACGGAUUAUUGGGAAACAAAGAAUAUGGUUUUAAGUUGUUUAGAAGAUAGUAUUACGAAAGGAAUCGAAGUUAGGGUCGUGGCAGAUGAUAUAAUAAAUGAAAUUAUUGAUAAGAGUGCCGAAAGGAUAAAAUAUCCCAUGAAGGAACAGAUUAUACAAACCAUAGCUAGCUAUAAAUUAGAUGGAGAGAAAGAGGAGGAUGUGUUAAGGAAACUAAGACUCGAUGUAAUCGUAGACCCUUUAGAAGCAUCGAUUAUUGUCGUACCUUUGAUGAGUGAUUUAUUGCAACUGGCUUGUGAUGAUGUAUCCAAAAAUGCCAUUAAAGUUACUACAGUUGUAUUAAAUGGAAUACUUCAAAGGACAAUGACCAUAAUUAUGAAACUUAUAGAACUGGAGAAACAAGCAAAACGUUAG